AUGACCAUGGAGACAGCUGAUCCUUCCGCUAUACAGCGCAAUCGAGACCUUAUGAGAGAAUUUGAAAGGGCGCUCGAGAUAAAUCCGGCAGUCAACUUGAAGGCUCUCAUUCCUGAUUCUUAUGUUCAAACCCAUGUCGAUGCACAAUCACAACGUCCAGAGACAGCUACAGCUGAGCUCAAUCGAAGGACUCUCGAUGAGAUUCAGUGCUUCCUGAGAGAUAAUCCUGAGGUGGACUUGCUUUCAAUUUUUCCUCCAGACUAUUCUCGUCGGCGGGGAUUCGCAGCCCAAAUCAGUGAAGGAAUGGCAGGGUCUGGUAGGAAGGAACUACCGAAACCUCCAGACUUUCGGACACGUCUCGAUGCUGCGGAGACAGCUGAAAUCAUCUUCCCACUUUCGAAUGAUGUGACUGCCUUGCUGGCAGCAUUCUCGGAUGCUUCUAAUGGGUAUAUUGGUACAGAGCAGUCGCUUCUCUCAGCAAUACGGCGGUUGCUUUGGGAAUCCAAAAUACUAUGGGAAAGUCCGAUACGGGGAAUCGUCGUUCAAUGCAAUGAUGACAUUGUCGCAAAAGUCAUCGGGACGAACGGCGACUACACAGAGUAUACGGCUUUACGAUACCUUGCAGAACAGAUUCCUGAAAUACCUGCUCCUAGGCCCUAUGGCAUGAUCGUGUUUGGGUCUUUUUGCAUGAUUUUCAUGUCCUAUAUUCCGUCCAUGACAUUGACUGAGGCAUGGCCGAGUCUCUCGCACGAACAGAAGAUUUCCGUGCAGCAUCAACUAGAUGACAUCUUCAGGAGGUUGAGGACUGUUCGUAGGGGAGAUGGUCACUCUCUUGGGGGGGUCGGUGGCGAAGGAGUGAAGGGACACGAACCCAAUACAACCGUCAGCACAGCUGCUGAAUUUGAGGAUUUCAGAUACUCCGCCCCCCAUCACGGCAGCACUACAUACGCCAAUUUCCUUCGCUCUUUUCUCACAGAUCCAGUUCAAGGUUCGGUCUUCACUCAUGGUGAUGUCAGACAAGAUAAUAUCUUAGUGAAGCUGAAUCAAGACAAUGUCUGGAUUGUCACUGGAAUCAUUGAUUGGGAAGACAGUGGAUUCUAUCCAGAGUAUCAUGAAUGUACUGAAUUGACGAGAACAAUGAGUCUGACGGAGGAAGACGAUUGGUAUCUCUACUUGCCGGCGAGUAUCUCCCCGCUGCAAUUUCCGAUACGUUGGCUGGUUGAUCGACUUUUUGAUAUCCAUAUCAAAACCACCUGA